AUGGUAGGCUCCAGCUUUUCCUCACGGCACGAAAGGCGAGAUAUGUCCCCUUAUAGUACACGGGAAAAUUUGGAGGCCGCACCGGUCCCACAACGGUGGUCGCUGCUGUUUGUACACAGACAUAUGUGGCGCACAAAGCGUAGGAAAGUGGAAGAAAAUAAUGUGGGAGGCCUGCACUUGACACCAUCCCUUGAGUUGGAGGAGAUAACGGAUGACGGUGAUGUAUGUUUACGGUGUUCGCAAGAGGAAGGGACCGAAAGGGACAAUAGUAGCGAGAAUGAACGGAGCUCUUCACCUGUGCCGGUACCACUCAAUUCUGUUAACCCUCAGUUUCGACAAGCGGACGGAGCUGCACUGCCCGACGGUGACGUCGAUACUUUGGGAAUUUUACCGUCGCUGGCGCACCCAGUGGUGUUAGGGAAAGCCUUGGAUGCUAUUGAACUUGUGGCAAAGCAUGUACAACAUCUACACUGCACGAAAUGCCCGCUUUGCGGGCCGCCGAAGCCGCCAACUUGGUGGUCCACCCCGCGCGCAAGAAGGCGUCUGAGAAGGGAGGAUAACCAAGUUGGGAUACGCAGCAGAGCUGACUGGGAAGCCGGGGAAACCUCACACAACAAAGAAAAUAUCUCUUCACCGUCAUCUUUGAUCGGAGCAGUACCACAGCGCAGAACGGUAGCGGCGUCUAACACUUGCUGUAGUCACAAAGAUGAUGUGCGGCGCGCACACGUCCUUUCCAAAGCUGAAGAAUUUCUUCAACACAUAUAUGACAGACGGAACCGGUUAAUCGCGUCGCGGCCACUGAUGUACGCUGUACCUGCCGAAUCCCAUGUGCUUUGGCGGGAGUGCUCCCAACUUGGUGGGGUUGCACUACUGGAGGCACUUCUUCUGGGGUUCACAUCACAGGAAGUAACGUAA